AUGACAGUUGCCAUAAAUGCAAUCAGACGGCUGGAGGCAAAAGUCGAAGAUCUUACUACAGCGAUCAAUUCCAACAACGCUGCGCCGCCGCCGCCACCACCUCCUGCUCCGCAGGACUACAGGUCCCCGUUUGCCAACUCCCAGCCAAGCCCUGGAUCAAACGCUCUAUCUUACCCACUCUCGCAUCAUGAACGAGGAAUACUGGACGUUUCUUCCCCACUUACCACUGAAACGCCUGGCAAAGCCUCAAACGCUGCCACUGAGGCACAUGGUGCGAUCAAAUUGUCUUUCAGCCAGCAUGGCGUGGCUUCAUGGCCCGCUAUUGCGGAUCUACUCCCAGCAGAAUUCCUUGCGGCUCGCAAUGCACUUCCCCGGGAUUACAUCGUAAACAUCGAGACUCAUAGACCACCGCUACCUAUUCAUAUCGACAUUCCAGCAGAGUACAGUAGUAACUUCUGGCUGACAAGACUUCCAUUAUCGGUCAUCAAAGGUCUAGCCGAUGCUUACUUUGCGGUCUUUCAUCGUAACACUCCUGUUCUUGAUAGAUUCCAAUUUUUCUCCACAACGCUUCAGGGCGCGCUGGAAAGCAACUUCGGAUACGAUGUUGAAACGUGCCUCGUGCUGAUAGUUCUGGCGCUUGGAUGUCUGUCAGUGAGAACCUACGAGGAAGGAGACUUUGCCUUGCCGUCACGCACAUCCUCACCUACGACCGGCUUCGUCCGACCUGAAUGGCAUGAAGUGGUGACAGACGAUCCACCCGGCCUUAAGUUCUUCAACGAAGCCCGACAACGGAUUGGCUUUCUCAUGAACCAGAAUGACCUACCCAUUGGCCAGUUCUAUAUGCUUUGUACAUUGUACUACGCCCAGACGCUACGCCCGAUUGAUUCAUGGACGAUGGUCAAUCGCGCAGCCUUGUGUUGCAUAAGCGUGCUGUCGCGAGAGGAAUCGAUCGACUUCGAUGACUGGGAGGGCGACAUGCUUUCAAGAUUGUUCUGGAAUACACUCAUGUACGAAACCAUCAUCACUCAAGAGCUUAGUCUCCCUAUGAGCGGGCUACUGGACUACGAAGCAGAUAUACCCAUCCCAAGGUUUACUUCCUACCCUCGGCCUAAGACAUCCAUCUCAGGAUUGCUUUCUGAUGAGGAAGACUCCUUCUUCAACUUCCACUUCCUUGCGCAAGCUGCUCACCGCAUCAUUCUCACUCGUGUUCGACAUAAUCUGUAUACCUUUGCGGAGAAAGAAGGUUACCCAAGCCCGAACCUGACUGCUGAGAUGCAUCAUCAGCUUGAACAGUGGCGCUCGAACUUGCCGCCAUCGCUACAGUUCACGGACAAUGAGAAUGCUGAUGAUUCUCCUAGCCCCGCGCAUGUCAUUGCGAAAGCUAUGUUGCGUAGUCGCUACCGCGUAGCAAAAUUCCACAUUGGACGGCCUUUCUUAUACAAGGCUCUCCAUGCUCCAGAAUACACCAACCGUAGUGAAUACGACGAGGUCCGAAAAGGAUUGGAGGGUGCAAUGUACUGGCCAACCACAAUGGGUUUAUGCGUUCAAAUGAAAGCUGCCUUGCCUAUCAAAUUUGGUUGGUGUUCUCAGUGUUUUGGACAGAUUCUGCUUUUUACUGCAGUUGCGCGAUCGCCAAAUCCUGACUUGCGAGCAACACUACCUGAAGGAUGGGAGGAAUGGGUGCGCAUCAUGAUGGCAUUGAUCGAAAGCUGCGCGCAGGAGAGUCCGGGGAUCACGAAGGAUUACGAAUUGUUGCGCUUACUGUAA